AUGACUCUUGCCUGCAAACCAGAAUCUAAUGUAUCUGCAAGGCUGGGAACUCACAUAAAUGGUUUCGCGCAAAUUACAAACAUAAUGGCCGGACUAAAGUGCGGCCAUCCGGCCGUGCCGAUGAACGCCAAGGUGUCGUUGUCUGACGAAUCCUUGACGGUCGGCACCGUAGCGAGGUACACGUGUGAUGCUGGCUACGAGCUCUUUGGGACCGGCAGCCUGACGUGCAACGCCCGUGGAAAAUGGCAGGGUGACCUACCGUUCUGCGGUACAAAUGUUAGUUUCCGAAAACCGGCGAAUCAAUCGACAACCGUGAGGGGCGGAAACGCAAAUCACGGUAAUGAUGGUGACUUCAGUUCCGAACACGAUGGGAAAAGAUGCACGGAAACACAGAGCGAACCGAGUCCUUGGUGGAGGGUCGACCUCCUCAAGCCAUAUUCUGUCAAGGUUGUCCGGGUGACAACGCGAGGCUGUUGCGGUCAUCAGCCUCUUCAGGAUAUUGAGAUAAGAGUAGGCAACAGCAGCGCUGAAUUACAACGCAAUCCUCUAUGCGCCUGGUUUCCCGGCACUAUUGAGGAGGGUAUCACGAAGACUUUCAUCUGUGCUAGAGCUUUGGUAGGUCAAUACGUCUUUUUGCAACUUGUUGGUGUCGAGGGUAGUUUAAGCCUUUGCGAGGUGGAAGUCUUUGCCACGGAUGAGUUCUCGAUAGACAGGUGCGCACACGCUGGUACGCCCGCCGAUGUCGAUUUGACUGCCUUCAAUUCAACGUGCUACGAAUUUAUAGUGAAAAAGGGCGGUUCCUUUCAAGAAGCGAGGAACUACUGCAAAACUCGCGGAGGAGAUCUUGUUCACGGUUUCCAGGGCGUAUCGUCUAUAUUUAUCCUGAACAACCUAGAAAGACGGAAAGACAAGCUAAAAACUCAAUUGGUCUGGAUCGGGGCUCAAAGGGAACCGCAGGUCACCGCUCGAACGUGGCGAUGGGUGGACGGUAAGUUGGUGAAANNNCCAUCCUGGGGCAAGGACCAGCCGAACAACUACAACGGCGAACAAAAUUGCGUCGUGUUGGACGGAGGUCGCGGCUGGCUCUGGAAUGACGUCGGCUGCAACCUCGAUUACCUUCACUGGAUCUGUCAGAGCAGACCGCCGACCUGUGGCAGUCCAGAGAAAUCAGAGAACACCACGCUCGUGGGAUCCAAGAGAACGGUAGGAUCCACGAUAGAAUACGUCUGUCCGGACGGAUAUAUGCUGGUGGGAUCGAGGACUAGAGUGUGUGGACCGAGCGGUUUUUGGAGCGGCGACGUACCCACGUGCAAAUUCGUCGACUGCGGCGUUCUUCCGGAUUUGGAGAACGGCGCAAUUACGCUGCUGAAGGGCAAAACUACGCACGGUGCUCUCGCGGAUUACGCAUGUAAAGAAAACUAUACGCUUGUGGGCGACACGAGACGAAGAUGCGGAGACGGCGGUAUCUGGAGCGGACAUCAGCCCCAGUGUCUAUUUGAUUGGUGCCCCGAGCCGCCAGAAAUAAACGGUGGCGUCGUGACAACUAACGGAAAAAGAGUAGGCUCCACCGCCACUUAUUCGUGUCAAAAUGGAUUUAUUUUAUUCGGAGAUAAUGUUCUCACGUGUAAUAUUGGUGGUGAGUGGUCCGGCAAAGCGCCACAAUGCAAAUUUAUCGACUGCGGGACUCCAGCCCAGAUCGAAUUUGGAACCGUUGUUCUGAUUAACGGUACAUCUACGGUAGGCAGCUUAGCCGUUUACACGUGUCAAGCGGAUUAUUGGUUAGUGGGCGAAGGAAAGCAAGAGUGCACCAAGGAGGGCAAGUGGAACCACGAUACACCGUCAUGCGAAUUAAUUUCGUGUGAGGAACCAGAAGUACCUGCCGGAGGUUACGUGGUGGGAUACGAUCUAAACGUUCACAGUGUUAUCGAUUAUCACUGCGACGUGGGUUAUUUACUUCACGGUGAGGCAAGGCAUUCGUGUGGUAAAGACGGAGAAUGGACAGGAGAAGUACCGAGUUGCGAAUAUGUCGACUGCGGUAAGGUUCUUCCUGUUCUAAAUGGCGCUGUGGACUACGCAAAUGGAACAACUCAUCUUGGCAGCGAAAUCACCUACAGCUGUACAAAGAAUUACAGACUCAAUGGAGUCUCGAGAAGAUACUGUCUGGAUAACGGUCAAUGGAGUGAUGCGACUCCGAAAUGUGAAGAAAUUCGUUGUCCGGAACCCGUACUGGCGGAACACGGAAUUCUUUCGGUGACCGGAAACGAUCGGAUGUACGGAAGAACAUUGAUUCGCACGGGCACCGCGGAGAAUUCGAACACGGGCGCGACUUCGUACAAGAUCGGUGCCCUGGCAAAGUACAGAUGUGAAAGGGGAUACAAAGUGGUCGGCGAGCCACUGUCCACCUGCGAAGAGAACGGAAAGUGGAGCGGCGAAGUGCCGCAAUGCGUCUAUGUCGACUGCGGCAAACCCGAACACAUUCAACAUGGACGUUACACGUUAACAUCGAAUGCAACGUAUUAUGGGGCAGCUGCACUUUACGAGUGUGACGGGAAUUUCGAGUUAGAUGGUUUUGCUAGAAGACUAUGCCUUGAGAAUGGCACCUGGAGCAGUGAUACUCCUGUCUGCCGAGAAAUUCGAUGCAAAGAUCCCGAGAAAACCGGUGUUCUAUCGACGCAAGUAUCAACUCAUAGUGUGGGCGGAGUAGCGCAUUACAGCUGUCCACGUGGAUAUUAUAUGGAAGGAAAUGAAACAAGAAUCUGUUUGCAAAAUGGAUCUUGGAGCGGCACAACACCUGCUUGCUUUUCGGUCGACUGCAAGCAUCCCGGACCGAUCGAGAACGGUAGAGUGAUAGUGGUGAAUGGAUCAACGACUUACGGGGGAGCCGCGGAGUAUCACUGCUUGCCACAACACGAAAGGAUCGGUAUUUUCCUGAGAAAGUGUUUGGACACAGGAUUUUGGAGUGGCGAGGAGCCGAAAUGCGAACUGGCUGCAAACGAGGUGGCGGAACCUCAAGGUGUCGGUACAAGCGUCGGCAUCGGAGCCGGCGUCAUCAUAUUUAUAUUAAUUAUCCUUGGACUAGUCUAUCUUAGGCUACGUAAAGCUACGCCGGUAAAAAAUACCGAGAACGUUCAAGCUGCGGAAAGGAAGGAAGAUCAAAAUGCCGCCGUUAUGUCUUACGCGACAUUGAACGACGGUACGCAUAACACUAUGUACGAGAACGUCCCCGAAGAUGGUCUCUACGAUAACCCAUAUAGUUUAAAUGGCAACAACGGGUACAGAUACGGCGGUCACCCGAGAAGAACGUACGGCAGAUCUGGACAUUACGAGGCCGAACCGGUUGCUAACAGAAAUGGUAUCACUAUCAACGGUGUAUCUGUGCGAUAGUUUAAAAUUCCACCUUCCUCGUUUUCAUCAAAUCGCGCACGGGAAAGCGUCAUCGAGAGAUUCCGUUGCGCGGUUUUCGCCGUUCUCAAAGCGAUGCUUUGUGUACAGAAAACACAACAAGAACUUGUUGACGUUAUUUAUGUUAUCGCCCCGUUAAAAGGUGCGACAAUUUAUGUAAAUAAUUUGCGAGAAAGUAUAAAGAACGAGCGAGACGUAGUGACGUCUAGAAAGGAUUACAUUCCGACGACGCUCCUCUUUUCGGUAAAAUAUUUUCUCUGAGAAUCAAGUAUGUGGUACGAUUCUGUAUAUAUGCUGUAUCGAUCAUUUAGGUUCAUUAUAUGUAGAUUCUAUACGAUAAGUUAUAGUAUAAGUUUACGAUUAUGCAAAUAA